AUGGUUCCAUCAGAGAUCGAGCCAUCUAUGUCGGAAUCUGAUAAUCGUUUCGCCAAUCUGAGAGGCGUACAGUGGCGCGUGAAUCUCGGUGUUCUUCCGUUUCAUGCUCCUUCCAUGAUGAUCUCCGCAAAGCAACAACUGAAUCUCGGAGAAGAGCAUUGGAGCUACUUCCAAGCUCCUGGAUGUCAAGGAAUGUUAAGACGUAUUCUACUCUUGUGGUGCCUUAAACAUCCUGAGUACGGAUACCGACAAGGAAUGCAUGAGCUUUUGGCUCCGUUGCUUUAUGUGCUUCAUGUGGAUGUUGAUCGUCUCUCUGAAGUGCGUAAAAGUUACGAAGAUCAUUUCAUUGACAGAUUCGAUGGCUUAUCUUCGAAGAAAGAUAUAUCACUGACAACUUUGACUUCAAGAAGUUCUUGGAGGAUUUCACAGACGAUGAGAUGGUGCGAUGCUUAUGGAGCCGAAGGAGAGCUCGGGAUCGUCUUGUCAGAGAAAUUCAUGGAGCAUGAUGCUUACUGCAUGUUUGAUGCUCUCAUGAGUGGAGCUCACGGUUGUGUCUCAAUGGCUGGAUUCUUCUCUUACACUCCAGCUAUUGGAUCACACAUGCCUCAGUACUUUGGUCUUCGUUGGCUACGAGUUUGGUUUGGGAGAGAGUUCUUGCUUCAAGAUUUGUUGAUAGUGUGGGAUGAGAUCUUCUCACCUGAUAAAACUGCGAGAACAACAACGGAUCAUACAAACCAGAGCUUCAACAUCUUUGAUUCUCCAAGAGGAGCUCCGAUCUCAGGAAUGGCGGUUUCGAUGAUCUUGUGUUUGCGAUCUUCUCUGCUCGCUACUGAGAACGCAGCUUCUUGUCUCCAGAGGCUGUUGAACUUCUCUGAGAAGAUUGAUGUGAGGAAGAUUAUUGAGAAACUUAAGUCUCUUCAAGCUUUGGCUUUGGUGAAUUUCAUCUGA